UGCAUCAAUAAAUAAUGUCGUAGUUACAUUACAUUUUUGUUUCUCUUCUUAGAAUUAUUAUUUGCUUGCUUACAUUUCUAUAAGAAAUGUCAUUUAUUUUGUGGCGAUCGUAUUCAAAAGCAAGAAACAAUGUUUUAUCAUGUGCGAACAAUUGCAAUUCGCUUUCAUCGAUAUACACUUAUUUUACUCGUACGUUUAGUGACGAGAAAUUUUAUGAUCCCGAAUUUAGCAACAGCACGAUUUUAAUUGAGAAUGGAUUCAAUGUACAUGAAUUACCAGUGGUUGUAAGAAAGUUGAAAGAUCUAACUGAUUUAAACGUACCUCCAUCGUCAGAAACUCCACGGGUUUCAAAUGAUUCUCUCGGUUAUCAUCUCAUACAAGAAGAGUUUAAGCAAUGUAUGGAUUUACGUGAAGUUUUUUCUUUAAUAACAAAAUGUACUAAAAUUACUCCAAAUAUUGCACUGGGAGCUAUUGAAAGGAUAUAUGACUUAGAAAAAGAUGGAAAUUUGUAUGUGCCAAAUACUGAAAAUAUUCAUAUUAAUUUUGCUAAAGGUGCUAUAUUAGAAAAAUUGUUAAAAGUUGUUAUGAAAACUGAAGAUACCCAGACAAUACUUAAUGUACUCAGGACAACAUCCAUUGUCAUGGAACCUCAUAAACACAAGUUUUGCGAAGAGUUAUUUUUACGAGUAAUUGACAAUAAGUUAACUUUAGAACAAUUGUGCGACUUUGCAUUGUUCCUUAUUAAAAAUAAUAAUCAACAAAAAUAUUCAGAAACUAUUGAUAAAUUGUGGGUUGGAUUUGUUGAUAAAGAAAAAGAGAUUAAUGAAACUAAUAUUGUCCAUAUAUUUGCAGUUUUGCCAGGAUUAAAAGCCAGCAAAAAGACUAUUGUAGCAUUACUAGAAAAUAAAUUAUCUGAAUUGUGGUGUAAAAUUAAGGUUCCGGCUAUGCAAGAAAUUAUUAAUAUUUUCAUUAAAGAGAAGUACUUUUCACUGCAGUCAUUCCCUGUUUUGGGACAUUGGUUAUAUACUAAUAUUCAUGCUUUAGAUGAUGAUGAAUUAUUAGAUAUUAUUACAAAGUUCACUCGGCUUAAAUACACAGAUCAUCAAGUUGAGGCAGCCGUUGAAAAGUUCUUGAAACAUAAAGGAUCAAAGAUCAAAUCACAGGUUUUGAUAAUUAGUAUUUUGAAUUACUGCAUGCAGUUUCAAUUGUGCAAUAAACAUAUUCUCAAUGUCUGCAGUCAAUAUUUUUUAAAGAAUAUAAAACAGGUGCCAUCCAGUUUUUUAAAGUCUUUUAUAUAUCCAUUUGGAUAUUUAUACUCAAGUCCUAGUCCUGAGUUUUGGAUGUCAGUGGAAGAUGUACUUCUGGAUAAUUGUUACAAAAUUAAUACUGAUGAUCUAAGCUCAAUUAUUCUUUCAUACAUAUAUUGUGGUCAAUACCCAUUAAAGUUGGUAUACAAAAUAUUUAGUCCAGAAUAUGUAGCCAAAGUAAAUAAUAAUGAUGUCUUAAAGAAGCUUCAUUUAAUUGAUACCGCCUUAUCAUUAGAGUGUAAAGAAUAUUCUGGUCCAUUGUUACCCAAAGAUCAAUGGUUUAAACCAGUGUUACAAGACUGUAGAAUAAAAAAUAUUGUACAUAAAAUUAAGGAAAAUAUUUUGUCUGUGAUUAGUGGAUCUAUGGAAUUAUCAACAGCUAUUGUAUUGCCAAACUAUUGUUCUGAUGAAACAUACUUAAUUGAUGUGAUGUUGCACCCAGCUGGAAAAGACAAUAACACUUUUAACUGGAAAUCUCCAACUAUAAGAAAUGGUAGUGUAGCCAUUCUAAUACAUUUGCCUGACCAUUAUUGUUUUGAUUGUGACCAGUUAAUAGGUCCUCAGAACAUGAAGAUAAAGCAAUUAAAAAUAUUGGGUAUCAAAGUAGUAAGUUUGAAAUACACAUUACUUAGUAAGUUUUAUACAUCUCAUGAUACAGUGUCACUUAGGAAAUAUCUCGCUGAUAGAAUAAACAAUGCUGAACCUUGCUCAUAAAAUAAUCUUGAUUAUAAAAUAAGCUAUAUAUGUAAGUGAACAGGGAUUAUAUAAAAUGAUAUGUUUAUAUAAUUAUACAAAAUACAUUUAAGAUGAUUACUAUUAUAUGUUCAUGUUACACUAAUUAUGUUAUGUUUCAUAAGAUAAACUAAGGUUCACAUAAUAAGUGUCAAUUUUGCUCUUUUAAUGUAAUUCUAACAUUAGAAUUAAGUGUAAAGGCAACAGAUAUUAAUAAUAUGAAUUUUAUCCAUGAAAAAUGUAAUUUUAAGUUAUUUACAAAUAUGCUUCUUAUUCUAAACUGCAUGUCACUAUGUAUAAACAGAUACAUUGAAUAACAAACAAACAUUUGUGACAAGUGAAUCAAACAUGGUCUACAGACCUCUGGCCUGCCAAAUAAUUAUAUUGUCUAUUUUGAUAAUUAUUAUUUUUAAAAUGGAUAACUGUAUAGCUAUCCCACUAUUUUUUACUAAUUCUUGAAUUUGUAUAUUUAGGGUUAAAAAUAUAUUUCAUUUUAUAUUGUUAGAAAAAUCAGUUAAAACUAAAAAUUUCACUAAUUUAAAUUGAUAGGAUAUUUGUAAGAUUGUAUUUUUAAAUUAUUGUACAAUAUAUAUAUAUAUAUAUAUAUAU